GAAAGUCGCUUUUGCAGAGAGAAAAAAAAUUGUUGACGAAUUCGCGCACGAGUCGCAACGCGUCGGGUUACUGUCGCGCGUACGAGCUGCAGCCGUACAGGCGUAACAUUUCAGUGGCUUUUCACAGGCGCAUCGACAUGCAUCGGAAGUCUCUACCGGCGCUCGAUACGACGAAGCUGCUGCUGCUGCUCGUUUUUGUUUUCUCGGGAACGCGCUUUCCCGCGGAAAAUCCAUACGCUGCCGGUGCUGAUGUCGAGAAAGGAUGCGACGAACUGAUAUGCAAAUUGGGUGAGCAGUGCGUGAGUCGAACGUUCUGGUGCAGCAAGUUGCCGUGUCCAAGUAUGAGUUAUUGCUCCAAGUCGAGGAAAGAAUCUCUGAGAGGACCCGAAAGCUGCGGCUCAGUCCAGUGUCCCUCCGGCUACAAGUGCACCGUUCGCGUCCGCGAUUGCAGAUGGAACGAAAAUUGCAAGGACCGCGCGGCGAGAUGCAUCUCCGAGAGGGAGUUCCAAAAGACGCCGACCAGCUGCACGGACGUCGUCUGUCCCAAGGGCCAUCGCUGCGUCCUCAGGGAGACACACUGCCAUCGGCCGCCUUGCAAGCUCACCAAAAGCUGCGCUCGGAUGGGAGACAUGGAUGCUUGGUUCGAGAAGUGCAAGCGACUGGGUUGUCAGUCGGAGCACGAUUGCUUCUUGCGGAGGCCCCCGGAGAAGUGCGCAAUAGCUCCGUGCAGUCAUGUCCCGGACUGCCUCUCGACAAUCGAUUUCAGUGACGAGGAGCAAUGCCGUGGCUGGAUAUGCCCGGCGAAUCUCGAGUGCCGAGUCGAAUCCAGCUGUGACAAUUGUCCGCUGGUUAGAUCCUGUUACGAGCCGCUGACGCGACGAGUGAACUCGUCCCAGCCCAUCGAUAUUUUAUCGGCACGAACGACUUUGGCGGAUCUCGAGAGGGAAGUCUUCCUCGAGGAGCGACGCAAGUUACUGACUCUUCUCAAGCCCACUUCAGCUUCGAAUUUCACAAAAUUGACGGGACCGGAUGAAAAUUUCCGGGAUAUCGAGGCUACUCAAGUCUCGAUGUCUUAUAAAAAUCGGGAUUACUCGACGGGGAAGUCGAAGCGCGUGACGGCGAUGCCGAAUAUGCGGAGCACAUCCUCUGGCUAUUCGCCCUGGCUGACCUAUUUGAAGCGGAAAGCCGGAGCCGAAGCUGUGCAGUAUUGGAUUGAAAAGGCAAAGAACAACGAGGAGUACGAGGAAUUCUCGGAAUGGCUAGAGUCGGUGGCGGGCCUCCUCGAGCCGGAGACUUAUCGACUCUGGCUCCGCGAGCUCGAGCAGUUACCCGAGUUUCAAUCGUGGAUCUCCCCUCGGAAUCUCCCGGCUCAUCGGCCUCCAGUUUCUCAACCACGUCUGCCCACAGCUGACGACGAGGACGGCCAAGACGACGAGGACUACCAAAGGCGGCGAUCGGAGCAGGACGAUAUCGGCGACGCCCGAGGGACUUUUCCGGGUUCGAUAGGCCGACAGGCGAAAAAUCUCUUCUACGCCGAUAAUAGCUUCGUCUCGAGACUCGCCGAGCCGGAUUCAAAUUCUGACAGGCAUCGGCAGACUUUCGCGGAAAAACAAGCAGUCUCCCCGAUAAUUGCCGCGCACCCGCACGUACCCGAGAGUCAGCGGCAGCAGCAGCAUCGGGAGGCAUCCAAUUUCAAUUUCAAUGAAGCCAGGCGAUUCGAUGCUACUGCACCGGCGCCUUUUCCAUAUCUCGAGGUUGCGCGUCCAGCGGAACUGCUCGGCCGCAGGCAGCAGCAGCAGCAGCUGGCUCUGUCGCGCGGAGCGCAAGAGCGCAAGUUCAGCGAUACCGUCAAGAACUCGUGGAAGUCAUGGCAAUCCUAUUAUCAGCUGAACCCGCCUCCGCCGAAUCUGCCGGGCUUUCCAGCGCAGACUGCCACUGUCGGCCCGUACUAUUUCAGCAACUACACAAGCCGUGGAAAUUUCAGCAUCGACUCCGGUCCCACUUCCACGAUGCAGCAGCAGCCACCGCAGAUUUUUUUCCCAAGCGGUCAGAUCGGCUUUGGGAAAGCAAUAGCGGAUUCCGAUGAGAAUCGAUCGCCGGAGCUGCGACGGAGCAGCGAUUCGACGCUCAGGCGAGUCAAACUGGAUGGUAACUUUCCUAGAGCUUCUAAUACUCUUUCCGAGCGAGACAAGCUGCCAGUGGGCCUUGACUCGAUGAUCGAUCAGAUCGCAGGUCUUCAGCGAUUAGGCCAGUCGAAGCCGAACGUCAUCAAGUUGGACCCGAGCCAGCCCGUAUCUCAGUUAUUGCUCUCCUCGGGCUCCGACGAGGAUGAGAAUCCGCCGAAUUUAUUGAUCUACUUUCCACCGCCACUGAACUUUUUCAUCUAUUAUUCGACGAAUAAUCAUAACCAAAACGCGAGCGCCAAUACCUUGGCGGAAUCGGACCUUCCCACGAAGAAUAACAAAAGGAUCAUCCCGUUUGAUAGCUCGAGUCUGAAUAGCACUGGAAUGCGCGAGAGUUCUGGGAAUCAAUCCGGGAGCGAUGGCGAUGUGAAAAGUGGCUUAGAGCCGGCUAAUAAAACGGCGAAACACGAUAAGCACAAGGAACUCGAAUACAUUCGGAAGAUCAUAAAGGAGCUGUUGGAUUAUUGGGACGAGCAGGAGAAGACUUUGGAGAGUACGAUUGCGGGGGAGAAGAACGAAAAUGAUAGUGUACCGACGCAUGAGGCUAAAUUAGCGAACGAAGCCGAUGCGAAGCCGACUUUUAGUACGUUUCUGGAAUGGCUGAGCAAGAACACUACUCUGUUGGAUCAGAGACCGCGAAAAAAGAAACCACCGAGUUUCGACGAACCCGACGAACAUCCAAAAACUAACGAAGGUCCGGCCCAUCAAAAAUUAAGUUCCAACGAUCCAACGUCGGGAGACUCGAAAAUUCGAAUACUCGUCGAUAUCGACAAGAAUCCCGAAAUGAUGAAGGCGCUAUUCUCGAGAAAUAGAACUGAUUACAAGAACGAAUCCGAUUCUCACGAAUAUCAGGUCAUCGUGAAUCUUAACGAUUUCGUCGACCCCAAAGAGGAGGAAUUGAUAACGCGCAGGUUGCUGAAUAUUGCAUCAAGUCAGUUUCACAGAAAUCUGACGAACGAUCAGAAAAUGCCGAAAAUACUCUGGGUCUUUCCCGUUUACGAAGACGAAGAUAAUCAUACUGUCAUCGAUCAAAUUAACAAAAUCAACAAAGUUACCACUCUGGAAGACGUCGAGGCGCCGAUUACGAGGACUGGCGAGAAAAACGAGCCGCAAGUCGUGACGAAAACUUCGAAUGAUCCUCAAAUAGUUACGAAGCCAAAAGAGAAAAAUGAGACGCAGCCGAGUUCGCAAACAAGCGAUUACGACGCCGUUGAGGAUGAUUACGAUAAUGGAACUAACGAUGAUUACGAUGAGAAAGGAUUGUAUGACGAAGCGGAGGAUUAGCAUAAUUGAAAAUAUACUUUCAUCUUUAUUUAUUUAUUUAAUAAUUUAUCUCUCAUUGUAAUUGCAUAUCGUGAGUGUAUUCUUUCUCAAUUAACGCAUCCGAGCAUUCACAUCAUUUACACAGUAAUUAAUUGAUGAAUCGCGCUAAUUAAUUAAAUCAACCUGAAGAGACAAACGUAACACAACUGAAUUUACGAACAAAUGUUGACGAUCUGCCUCACAGCAGCUGCAGAUGUUAAACGCGAUAUAUAGAACCAAUGACGAUUACACUGAAAUUUAAUUUGACGAAGUGGACGAGCAGCAUAAUUACUUUUGUAUCUUCAUCAUAAUUUAUUCUUACGUAAUUAGCACUUUGCAAUAAAUUAUAUUUCUGUUUGGUUUUAA